CACCAAGCGCAUCACGAACAACGGACGGACGGACGACAAAACAUUGAUUGCGUUCGUGUAGUGAAGUGGAGAAGAAAAUAACAACUCCCGUUUAUCGGUUUGUUUUUCGCAAAAAUAGUGUGUAAAAGUUAAGCUUAUGGCUGCCAAUUUGUUCCGAAAAACGGCAGAUAUAAAAAAUGUGAAACCUUAAAGUGAAGUAAAAUACUCUUCAGGGCGUCUCUCAAAUAAUCUUCAGAAUUGUAAGAAGUAACACAGUAUCGAUUUGUUGAUCUGCUGCUUCACUGAAAAUAAGAUCAGAACCUAUACAAUGGAAAAUGUCCCAACAACUGGUUCCAGUAAUGCACCGGCGUCGAUGGCAACCGCUGAACUAGCCAUCAGCCCAUCUAAAGCGGACGAUAAUCUCAGCAUAAAAUCUUCCGAUUCGGUGACCACCAGUGGCGAGUACGAAAUCGUCCCCGAAGCGCCAUCCCCCAUGGAUGCGGUGGACGGUUCCGGUCCAAUGACGCUUCCCUCGCCGAUAAUGAACAUUGUCAAAAUAGUUCCCAGCUCUUCGGCAGGAGGUGGCGGAUCUAGAAAGUCCCAGAAACAAGAGAAGGCCACUUCCGACCUUGGAGGUGAAUCUCUGUUGAAUUUGAGCGAAUGCUUAGACGACGAAGAGGAAGGAAUGGUAAAGCUGGUGGUUGCGCCUGGGAAACAGAAGCUGGAUGCCAUUUCGCCGAUACUGAACAUCGAGGGAAACGGAAAUGUGAAGGAUCUGGAGAAGAACAUGGAUGAGGUCAUACUGGAGCUGGAUGAAGAACGCACGCUGAGUGCUAGCGAUGGCGGUGAGGCGAGUGGCGGCAACGUGAACAAGGACGUUUCGACAAAUAGCAACAGCGGCAUCAAUCGAGGUUUGGUAUCGCAGUUGUCCUUACGUGGCCUGAAGCCGCGCAGUACUCCGGCGGUAAUCGUAGCCGGCAGUGGUGGGCCACCAGCUGGGGACACACCCAAUGUGCAAUCCCCGGAGAAUCGCGUCGGACAAUCGGUGUUCUACGAUUGUCUAGAUGCCAGUCCAAUGGUGGACAGGAAGAUGGACAAAUCUCUCGGCUGCCUCGCGUCGGAAACGGACGAGGAUUUGUCCGAUAUCGAUCAGGAGUGUACCAUCUUUAGUGGGGUGACGUAUUUGGGAGCCACCCGUAUUAAUGCACCCAAGUCGGAGAAGGAAAUCUUGCAGAAGGUAGCGGAAAUGAAUGCUAGCUCGAGCGUGUCACCCCUCGGGAUGAAGGUGUCCGUCAGUAUUCCGACCCGGUCCGAGGGAUUGGUUGUGUUGUACGAUGGAGAAACCAAUACCGUUGUGGCGACUUACGAGGUUCAUCGGAUUUUAUUCUUCGCUCGUGGACCGGUCAAAACGGCCAAUCAGGCGUGCUUUGCCUUUACCUGGUCCCACGGGGAAUCGCAAGAAACUGCCACGCACCAGUGCCAUGUCUUCAGAUGCACCAUCCCGGAAGCGGUCACCCAAGUUAGCGCUUGCUUCGCGAAAGCCUUCCAGCGUAUUCUUCCGCCAAGCGUUCCACCCAUUAUGACCACCUCGCUGGCGGACAGUAGCGCCAACGUAAUGCUGUCCUCGAUCACGUCGGACAUUGGCGGUAAUCCGAUCCAGUCGGCCAUGUACGAGUUUAGCAUUUCGCUGGAGAUCAAGGAGAAGGAGAAAAGUGGCUACACGACGGUUCCGCGCGACGCUAAGUCUAGCUUUAGGCUACGGUGCAACACCGACAAGGAGGUGUGCAUUGUGGUCAAGCAGAUUCCCUCGGAGCAGUUUCCUCCGUUGUACAUCGAGCGGUGCUUUGGCGUGCUGUUGAGCCCCGGGAAGAUUGUACGGCAAGCCGAUAUGCAACUGCUGGAUAUGGUUACCAUGGGCUACAUCAACACGGAUGUAGCAGCACCGCCACCGGCACCGAAUCCCAUGACGGCUUCGAUCACAUCACUCGCGACGGCAGUCAGCUACGCCCAGUUGCCGUACCAGAUCCGUGCGGAGUGGAAAGCCAACGACAAGGCAUUCGAACAACUCAACACCGAAACGCAAAAGAAGUCCCUAACCGUAGCGGUCGAUCUAGUCAUCAAGGGUAUCCAGGAGCCGGUACGGUUCGUAAUCGAAACGUCCGUGAUGAUCCUGUCGCAAAGCGAGCUACGAAUUAUGCAAAAUCUGUUUACGAACAAGCGACUUCUGGUGAUGCACUACUAUCUAACGCUGAAGGAGAGCGGCGAAGGCAACUGGAAGGUGGAAGCGAUCGAUCACUCGGAUGAGAUCGUCGAACCUACUCCGCCGGCGUCGUUGUCGUUGAACCUGAACUUCAAGACCUGGACGACGUUCAAAACGUCCGCCAGUGUGCAAUCGAUGGAGUUCGAUGACUCCAGUCCGGAUUACAGCUCGGACGGGGAUGAGCCGCUGCUCAGCGGUACCGGUGAAGUCUCCAAAGAAUGUUCCACCGCGCUGCUGGAAGAUUGGAACGAGAUACUGGUCGAAUGGAAUCGAGACAACUUGGACAAACGACCGAAGAAUCUGGCGUACCUGGUGCGCAGCGGUAUCCCGGACAUACUGCGGGGUACAAUUUGGCAAAAGCUGGCCAACGUGGAGAACAAGACGGAAAUGGCGGACUCGUACCGCAUACUGAUUACCAAAGAGACGAGCUGUGAGAAUGUGAUCCAGCGAGAUAUCAACAGAACAUUUCCGGCACAUAGGUACUUCAAGGACAGCGGUGGCAUGGGGCAGGACAGUUUGUACAAGGUUUCGAAGGCGUACGCAGUGUACGACACGGAGGUUGGCUACUGUCAGGGAUUGAGCUUUAUAGCGGCCAGCUUGUUGCUUCAUAUGCCCGAGGAGGAAGCGUUCUGCGUCCUGGUAGCACUGAUGUACGACUACGGACUUCGCGAUAUGUACAAAAUGGGUUUCGAAUCGUUAUACCUGCGGUUGUAUCAGCUGGACCGACUGUUGAAAGAUCAGUUGCCGGAUUUGUACGAGCACUUCCUCAACACGGGAGUCGAGUCGCACAUGUUCGCCAGCCAGUGGUUCCUUACGCUGUUUACGGCCCGCUUUCCGCUGUAUUUCGCUUUCUCCAUUCUGGAUGCGUUUCUUCUGGAUGGAGUCACGGUGCUCUUUCAAGUUGCCCUCACAUUGCUCUCCGUGUGCAAGAAAGAUCUCCUGGAGCUGGAUUUUGAGGGAAUGCUGAAAUACGUCCGUGUGACACUGCCGAAGAAAUGUCGAAGCGAGAAUCAGGCCAAAAAGAUGAUGAAGCUCUCGAUCGAGUGCAAGGUGAAGAAGCUGAAAAAAUACGAACUCGAAUACCUGGCCAAGAAAGAGGAAAGCGAGCGUAAAGAACGGGAGCUGAAACAGUAUGAGCUGCGCUUCCAGGAGGAGCGGACCAAACUGCAGCAGGAGAUUGUGACGUUGAAUGAAAAGAUGGAAACCCUGGCCAAGGUGGACAAAAAGAACAACGGUAUUAUUGGAGAUUAUAAGCAGAUCAUACAGCGACAAGAGCACGAGAACAACGAGCUCCACCAGAUGUUGGAGGAUUUGACGAAAACCGUAUCCGGCUGUUCGAAAUGUUCCUCCAGUAUACCGAAGUCUUCUCCGUUGCAUAAAUCGUACGGCAAGAACCUGCAGCAUGCCAACAACGAGAACAACAAUGACCAAACUACGCAUCAACCGGAGAGCAAUCUCGGCCCGUUGGACCCCCUAUUGAUUGCCAAGCAGAGGAUACUGGAGCUGGAGCAAGAGCUAGCUCAAACCAAGCUGGCCCAAGUGGAAGCCGAAUGCAAAAAUCAGGAUCUUCAUCAUCAACUUACCACCACGUUGACCGAGCUCCAGACCAAUCGUAGCAGUUGGCAGCCAUGGUUUUCCAAAACCCUGAACUCUAUCCAGGAGAAAGUGGUAACGAGGCGCGAUGUCAACGCUCCGAUGGCUACCUUCCAAUCUUACACGGAUUCAAGUGUAAAACAUCGUGAACAUUCCCAUACCCUGCCGGCACAGACGCAACUGCGGAACAAGCUGAACCAACGCCACAGCCUGGGCCAGGUGGGUUUCGAAGCGGCAUGUGGCGAUGAUCUCGUUCGUCCGGCGAAUACCGCAAGCAGGGGCGCCGCCGGCGGUGAUGGCAGAGGAUCGUCAGGUAAUAAAGAGCACCUCAUAUUUAGGGACUCGGCACAAAGGUGUAACAGCCUUAAGUAGAGGUGGUAAUCUUGGAAAACAAAAGUCCAGCCAGCAGCUAGUCGUCGUGGACCAGACACUGCAUUAAUCUCGCAACAGUUAUUAAUCUCCACAUAGAAGGCAAAUUUAAAACCACCCAUGACUGUCUUAAAACCAACCAGAAUAUACCAAUACCUAGUAGCAGCAGAACAGACUUGGGGGAGUCAUGAUAUUGGAUCAGUUUGCCUAGCAUUGUUUGGUGCUUAAGCCAGCGGCUUUCGCUUAAUUUGAAAACUUCGGAAAACAGCACUCGAUGCUUAGACGUAAGAUUGAUCGUUAAUAUUUGGUUUUAUCGUACUGUGUUAUUACUCCUAAAUAUCCUAGUUUUUAUCGGCCUUCAAACGAUUAUCUCUCUGUUUUCAAAGGUAAAACACAUUCUUCAUUGCAUGUGAACGUAUUCAUCAAGUAAACCCUGUUAAUGUUAGUAAAAUCCCUGUAUUUCGUGGGUUUAAGUUAUGUAUUUUAUAUAGUGCUUUUGUUUUCAAAGCAAUACUCCAUUUAUUCAAGCAAAUCUCUGCAGAACAACAAGAAGUGGAAUAUCUCUGCUUGAAUUACAAAGAACAUUGCAUUUUUGUCACUAAUUUCCUAGAAUAUACGAAAAGGAACAAAACAAAAUAAUGCUUAGUAGAAGGCAAUAGGUAAAGCAUACACAAACUGAGGACAGCACUGUUUCAACUUUUUAUAUCAACCAUAGUAUACAAUAUUAACCGGUGAGGAUUUCCUGAUUUCUGUCCUUUCUGCGACAUUUGCGAAUGCAUACCAAGCCUACCAAACUACGUAGAACGAAUUUAGCGAAAUUUUAAACCGUAAAUCGACCGACUUCAAACUAGUCCGCCUGUGAGGAAGUUCACCCGAUCUGCAGAAGUUCUUACACAAUAUCCUCGAAAUUAACUUUGUUCGUCAUCAUACCUACCACUACCUAACACCGUUGUAUGCAGGACUUAUCGAGAAUCAGCUGCUAAGAUAUUAAUAAUCGAUUCUGAAUCCAA